UGUGGUUAUGAAUUAUUCAGAAAUAGAGUCUAAGGUUCGAGAAGCAACCAAUGAUGAUCCAUGGGGACCUUCAGGGCAACUCAUGGGAGAGAUUGCCAAGGCAACGUUUAUGUAUGAACAGUUUCCAGAACUUAUGAACAUGCUUUGGACUCGAAUGCUGAAAGACAAUAAAAAGAACUGGAGGAGAGUUUAUAAGUCCUUGCUGCUCCUAGCUUACCUCAUAAGGAAUGGAUCAGAGCGUGUUGUUACAAGUGCCAGAGAACACAUUUAUGAUUUGCGAUCCCUGGAAAAUUACCACUUUGUAGAUGAAAAUGGCAAAGACCAGGGUAUAAACAUACGCCAGAAGGUAAAAGAAAUGGUUGAAUUUGCUCAAGAUGAUGAUCGACUUCGGGAAGAGAGAAAGAAAGCAAAGAAGAACAAAGACAAAUACAUUGGGGUUUCUUCAGACAGUGUUGGAGGGUUCAGAUACAGUGAAAGAUAUGAUCCUGAGCCCAAGUCAAAAUGGGAUGAAGAAUGGGAUAAAAAAACAGCUUUUCCAUUCAGUGAUAAGUUAGGCGAGCUGAGUGACAAAAUUGGAAGCACGAUCGAUGAUACCAUCCGCAAGUUCCAAAGGAAAGAUAGAGAAGACUCUCCAGAAAGGUGCAGUGACAGUGAUGAAGAAAAAUCAAGACGAGGUAAAUCUCCCAAAGCUGAGUUUAAAGAUGAAGAGACUGUCACAACGAAACACAUUCAUAUUACACAAGCUACAGAAACUACCAUCAGACACAAACGCACAGCAAAUCCUUCAAAAACCAUUGACUUGGGAGCAGCAGCACAUUAUACAGGGGAUAAAGCAAGUCCAGAGCAGAAUGUUGAUGCUCAUACUACACAGCCUACAGCAAAGGCUUCUGUACCCUCUAGCAGCAAGUCAUCUAAUGACCUGGUUGAUCUGUUGUUUGAUGGAGCUAGCCAGCCAGUUUCAACAGGUGUAUCAACUGACCCAUUUGGAGGAUUUGCUGAUUUUAGUUCAGCUGCUGCUUCAGCAAGUUUCCCAUCGUCGCAAGGUACAGCAACAAGUGGAAAUGGAGACUUUGGUGACUGGAGUGCCUUCAACCAAGCUUCUCCUUGUCCCAGUGCUUCAUCUGGAGAGCUCUUCAGCAGCACAGCACAGCAGCCAGCUUUAGAGCUCUUUGGUAGCUCACAGACAGCUUCAAGCCAGCCUCCAACUGCUUCAAAUUCUACUGAUCUUUUUGAUUUGAUGGGCCCCUCUCAGACAACCAUGACCUCUUCUCAGAGUAUGAAUUUCUCUAUGAUCUCCAAUGCUGUAGGCAUCAGUUUACCCAUGUCAAGGUCACAGCCUCUGCAGAGCGUGGACACUAUGAUGCCGAAGCCUAACCCUCUUUAUAAUGCAAGCACGGAGAUGGUCCAGAAGAAUGCAAGCAAAACUCUACCCUCAACUUGGUCAGAUCCCAGUGUAAAUAUCAGUUUGGACAAUUUAGUACCUGGGAUGCAGCCUUCCAAACCCCAGCAGCCAUCACUUAAUACCAUGAUGCAGCAACAAAAUACACAACAACCUAUGAAUGUCAUGACUCAAAACUUCGCAGCCGUGAACCUCAGUCCUCAGCCGAACAUGACGCCUGUUCGACCCCAGACAAGUCCAUUGAUGGGAGGGCCCAUUCCUGUGGGGAUGGGAAUGCCCAGUGUGAUGUCAGGUACGAUGGGAAUGACCUCCAUGGGACCCACGCCUAUGAUGAACCAGGGAAUGAUGGGAAUGAACAUGAACAUGGGAGUGCUAGCUACAGGAAUGGGUUUGACGGGCACAAUAGGAAUGGGAAUACCCAAUAUUGCUAUGACCUCUCUCACUCCUGGGACUGUACAACCCAAGCAAGAUGCCUUUGCAAAUUUUGCCAAUUUUAGCAAAUAAAGAUUGUAAAAUAAAUGAAAUGAAAGAAAAAUGAAAACAAAUGGGCAGAUGGAAUGAAGGAUUUUUAGCUGCACAAAUAUAGCUGGGGAAGGGAUGGAAAACACUGAUCAAUACUGCUUUUUUUUUUUUCCUUUAUCAGUUAAAGUGUCUACAUAAAGAACCAAAAGCUAUUUUCUAAGUGUUGAAUAACUAGUGUUCAAAUUCUGGAGAGGUGAAAGGUUCUUCUAAGGAAUGCAUGAGAUGAUUUUGCAAACUGAUUUCUAUUGAGACCAUCAAAAAACCUUUCCUAUGUAGAAGAACCAAUUUUAACUUUGAGACUUGAUGGAAGGCUGGAAAUGGGGUUUGGGUAAAAAUGUUUGAAUCUAAUUUUAUACCUUUCUUUUUUCUUGAAGAGCUUGACUUUCUUUCCCCCCCUCCCCUGAUCGCUUUGUCAUAAUUGGAUCAUUCCUUUUACUAUCACUGAGUCCGCAAUUGAAGUCACUCAAGUACUAUGAUCAGUUUUUUAUAAGAAUAUAUAUUUUUGUCCAAAAAAUGGCUUACAUAUGUGAUUAUGGCUAAUUCAAAGGGACCUGGGAUGUAUAUAUACUUUUGCUAAUGUUCCAGCCGCACUGCUACGAUACCCAAAUUUUUAUUGUAAAAAUCCUCUCUCAGCAAUUUGGUGAUCAAGAUUUUGGGGGUCUUAACAUGCUUCUAAUGUUGUAACUGAUAUCCAGUCCGAGUCUGGGAAAAGCUUUAUCCGAGACUGUUGGAAGGUUUCCUUUCAGAAAAUGCACUUUCUUGCAGUUCUUUUACAGUGGCACCUGGCAUCCUUUGUACCACCAGUAUCCCUGUGGAGCCACUGGCUUAGAGCAGCAGCAGCAGUCAAAAGGCAAAAAUACUUAUUUUUUGCAUAAUGACAAAACCAGUAAAGGUGAAUUACACUUAAAUUAUGUAAUUCUGUGAACCCACCUAAUCCAACAGCAUUGGAUCUUGGCUUUUAUACAACAAUUAUUGCACAGAUUCUUUUGUGUAAAUAUGGCAUUAGCAGCUGUGGAAUCCAAUAGAGGAGUAAAAUAUAUAUAUAUUAAUAAAGGAAACCUGUAGCAGUCAAAAGAUUUUACUGAUUUACUGAAAACAAAAGAAUGAAUUAAGGUUUUGGGGGUUUUCGGUUUUCCUUCUGUAAUUCUGCAUUUCAGUUCACAUGAAUCAUGAUUCAAGAAUCUGGAAUACAAAGACAUUGUUAUAUUCACAAGCCGGGAACAUUGUUAAGAAUAAGCACUAUACUAUAGGUAUGAAAUUUAUUGCCUCCCUUUUCUUAUGUUGGAUUUCUUUUUUAUUAUUAAAUUGAUAAAACUUUGUUUCCAUUGUAUUCAUAAUGUUCUGUUAUACAUAACAUUAAAAUGUUCAUUAAAAUCAA